UUAAGUUGGCAGCGCCCCACCAACACUAGCAUCCCUAACAUUUGUAGUUGUACAACACUAGAAAGUAAGCGUCGGAAAUACUGGCAAAUAAUUGGGUCCAGCCUUCUGUAACCAUGGAUGUGCCUUACAAGUGUAUUAUUAUGGGCGACGCAAAGUGUGGCAAGACCACGUUUUUAAGACGCCAUCAGUUUGCAGAAUUCAAGAAGGAGUAUGUCCCCACGGACAGGUUUGAAACCAACGUGGACACGCUGAUAUUCAAGACCACGCGUGGACCCAUUCGAUUCGAUGUGUGGGACUGGGGCAAGGAGGAUAAGGAGCUGGAGCGCUAUCCGGUUGAUUUCUACAAGGACAGCCGCUGCGCGAUCUUGAUGUUUGAUCUGGCAGCGGCGGAUGCCUUCGACACAUUUCCGAACUACGCCGUAAUGAUGGAACAGUUCUGUGCAGAUAUUCCAAUAGCCAUCUGUGGAAACAAGGCGGAUAUCAAGGCUGACUUCGAAUUCGAGUUGAAGCCAGAAACCUUUUUGGGCUGUGGCACCGACCCAGAGGACCGCAUCUAUAGCGAAAUAUCGGUGAAGACGAACAGCAAUAUUAAUGGACCGUUUCUGUAUUUGGCACGCAGCCUGUUUAAGGAUUUCAAGCUGGAGUUCGUCAAGCUGCCGCCACUGAUGUUGCCUCCGCCUGUGUCGUUGGCCUCUGCCUUGGCCAAAAUUCAGGUUGUGGAUCGUAAACAUGUCUAGUUUUAAGUAAUUCAAAGAAACAAAAGCACACAGAGGCACUCAACCAACACAGAAACACAAUGGAAGAGGGCAAUAUGCAUUACCCUCUAUCUCCUGUGGAGUGAAAGGAUUCCCCUCUGUCCUACCCACACAUACACCUGAUGUUUCUAACACCUAAAAGUAAAUACACAUAUUCCAUCUGUGGAUCAACAAUCUAUCCCUUAAAUCAUUACAUGUUCAUUUGUUUGGUUGCAUUACAAAAAUAU